AUGGAUGCUGGGAACUCUCUCCACCCUCUCUCCACUGAUGAAGACCGGAGCAUAAUUCUGAUUCUGGGAUCUCCUGAAGUCAAUGAUGAGCUCCUUGGCCUUCCCACUAUUCACAAACACCAGUUCUCUAGGUUCUCAAUUCUUUCCAUUGUGGGGAAUUUGAUGGUUCUUGUGAUGGCAUACAAGCGGUCGAACCACAUGAAGCCCCCUGAGCUUCUGAGUGUGAAUCUCGCUGUGACAGAUAUGGGAGCAGCUGUCACCAUGUACCCGCUGGCUGUAGCCUCAGCGUGGAACCACCAUUGGAUAGGGGGAGACGUCACCUGUGUGUACUAUGGCCUGAUGGGAUUUUUCUUUGGAGCAGCUAGCAUUAUGACCCUAACAAUUAUGGCUAUUGUUCGCUUCAUCGUGUCUUUAACGCUCCAGUCACCCAAAGAGAAAAUCAGCAAAAGGAAAGCAAAGAUCCUUGUGGCGACCACUUGGCUGUACGCGCUGCUCUGGGCCCUUUUUCCUUUGAUUGGCUGGGGAAAAUACGGUCCGGAGUCCUUUGGCCUGUCUUGUACUCUGGCCUGGAAGGACAUGAAGGAACAGAGCCAGUCUUUUGUCAUCACCAUCUUCCUCAUGAACCUCAUCCUCCCAGCCAUCAUCAUCAUCUCGUGCUACCCUGCUAUCGCUGUGAAACUAUACAUCACCUACAAGUUUAUGGACGACAGCAACCACAUACCCAACAUGAUAAAGAUGCAGCGGCGACUCAUGGUGGUGAGUCUGUUGUAUGCUCCAGCUACACUGCUAUUAUGA